AUGAAUGAUGAAUCAGCAUCCACUGAAGAAUGCAAAAAGGACGAAGAAAAAGAGGAUCUAGUCUGUCCAAUCUGCCUUUCUACUGAUCACGAGGUGUCAGAUGCGGUUGAAUUUUGCCAAUCACCAUGCGGCCACAUCUUUUGUGUCCCUUGUCUGGAGCACUUUCUACUAAAGCCCAAAUCCAACGAUGACCAUGGACAAGUAUUUGGAACGAUGGACAAUGAGGAUGAUUACUACCAUCGGCGAAGGCCCAAUACGGGAAGUUGUCCACUGUGUCGUCAAACUAUCAACUUGUUUGGUCUGAUCAAUAUCCAAGACAGAUCUCCAAUCUAUACCAAGAAUUCCGUGAUCAAGACCUGGCCAAUCUGUGACAAGAGAUAUUCGAAGCAAUCGAUUCGGCGGUCGCUCCCGUCCACAGAAGAGCGACUCUUGAAUCGGCUGAUGGAAGACGAAGGCGUCAUGUCUGGGUACGGCUUGGAAUUUGAUUUCAGCUCGUCGAAUCCUGGGAUUAGGGUAACUGCUGCCGGAAUGCUAGUAACUUCUGAUGAUCAGGGUUCUUGCUCUAAUGAUCAGAAUACGAAGCAAGUGGAAUUCCAACCAUGGAAUACCUUUCAUUUCUUUGCCAAGACCAUGACGUUUCAAGGCAACAUUCAGUUCCCAAGUUUUGUCACUCGACCAUCCAGCAGGGAUUAUCGAUAUGAUCAAUUGGAGUGCCUCCUCCAGUUUUCAGAAAAUGGUCAUUUUGUCCGAGAUGGAUAUCUGCGGUGGAAGUUACAAUCCACCAAAGAAGAAGAACAACAACAAGAAGAAGAAGAAGCCGCUUCGACUAUUGCUGAGGCAUCAACCUUGGAGCACUUUCCACUGGAUGGGACCUGGCAAGUACUAUGGAGAUCGGGACAGUCUAUCAAGAUCCAUAUUCAACGGCAUUGCUUCGACUGUUUUCAGCAAUGGUACGAGAUAGAACUCGACGAUAAUCACUGCCCACGAUUCCCCUGGCCCAGUGAGUUUGGACAAGACGUCGUCCAAAGGUCAAAUCAAAGUCUUCCACCGGGACAUCAGGGGCCAGCUAUUGGUGAGACGUUUGAAUGGGCAACGAAUAGUGCCAUGCCGGCGUACAGCACUAUCGUUUGGAAGCGAUUGGGAACGGAUCUGUCCGACGCAUGGAAACUGAUACGACUAAAACCAAAUCAUUUUGCGUUCAAACGAGUAAUGGUAGAUGGCGAAAGUGGAGGAGACGAUGACAGCGCUUUAAUUGCCCGACCAUCCUAUCACUCGGAUCGACUAUGGGGAAAUACAUUCUGCCAAGCCUUUUGCGUUGGUUUGGCGUCAUACCACUUUUUGGGGCCGAAUAGCGAGACUGGAGCAUUGGAAGCUUACAUAUCGUAUGAACAUCCUCAGACGUCAUCGUGGCCACCAUUGGACAACGGGUCCGCAGUUCCUUCCCGUGUUCCCUUUCGAAACAUUUCUUACGAUUCUGAGACGAGGACUUUUCGGGGCGACAUUUGCUGGCUGGAAGUCUAUGGCACACGUUGGCAAGGCGAGGCAAAGUGGUCGUAUGAAAUAAAGUUUGAUCCAUUGUUCCUCUUUGUGGAAGGAGGCACCUGUGAAAUGACGGAGGGUCGACCCGAUCAUCAGUUCGGUGUUGAUUUGGUUUAUGUGAAUGCUGCCAUUGAAGAUCCUUUAGGAGAGUCCAUUCGCACCAAUGAUAGCAACACCAAUUAUGAAUCUGCAUCUGAAAUGACCAAAGGAAUGAUUGGCCAUUUGAUCAGGAAUUUGGUACAGAAUCCAGAGUCUAGCGUCUUUGACUUCAAUCUGUGA